UAUUAAUAUUAAUAAUGAAAAGAACAAAGGAAACUAUAUUUAGAUAACAUCCAGAUUGGUAAUAAAGAGAAGGAAUCAGUGGUCUUAAAGAAUUUGAUGGUGAAGAUCUAUGUAUUUAUUUCAUCUUAUAUUCGUUAGAAUUUGAUGCUAGGAAUAAAUAUAAUAAAGAGUAACAGAAGCAAUGGAUUUUAUAAUAAAUUGAAGAAAAGAAAAGAAAAUAAGAAUAAGAAAAAGCAGAAGAAAUGGCCUAUGCUUAAUAAACUUUAGAAAUCAAUAGAUUUAGAGGAAUGCUUUAAGAUAAUUUUGCAGCCAGAAAAACUGAUAUUGGAGUUGCUACCAAACAAACCAAUUUAUAAUUUGUAUUUAUUUAAUCUAUAAUAUUUAGGCUAAAGAAAAAAAAGAUAAAGAAGAAAGGGAUAAAUAGGAGAAGUUAUAAUAUGAAAAAAAUGAAAGAGAUUUAUUACUUGAUCGUGGACGUAAAUAACCCUAUAAUGGAUGA